CUUGGAGGAGUGACCGCGAGUCAGACGUUUUGGUACAUAUUGUUCACGGACGUUUCUGAAAACUAGAACUGAUAUAAUGUCAACAACUAGAAAAAAACUAGUUUUCCGCGCUUAUUUGUAGCGAGUAGCCUACAACAUAAAGAGUUGGCUGUCACAAAGGGUUGGUCAAGCAAGCUCUGUUAUGAAUUAUUGCUGAUCAGGGUGCCUUCAAUCUGUCACUGCAACAUUUAGUUUACAGCAACAAGGAACACUUUCAAUUCUCCAGUAUUCUAUUCUCAGGUCUAAUGCAAACCACCAAACCCACCUCCCACCAGUCUGAUGUGGCAAGGAAUCGGAAUGGAUGUAUUUCCUGGACGGAGUAAAAUAUGACAUCUCGGGUUGUAUUUAUAUCCGUGUUGCUGCUGUUGUGGUGUCACUGUCGCCAUGUUUUGGGCUCCGGUGAUUCUGGGACCGGGAUAGUUCCGUCUCCAGACCGAUCCGCCGACGGUGCUGAUCUGCUCUCUAUGGAGACCAUGGUGGACACACACUCCGCGAUGUUACGUCAGGGAAACACAGACGAGUGUGACAUUGUGAUGAACCUGAGUGCUGCUGAUCGAUGUGCGUUUGUGAAGGCCACUCCAGACUGCAGUAUGGAAGACAGCUUCAUCAACUACCUCAAGAUGGCCUUCUGUCUACUACCACCCAACCUAACACCCCUCACUAUCACACUCUGCAUUAUCUGGUUGUUAAUCUUGUUCAUAGUUCUCGGACUGACGGCGUCAAAGUUCUUCUGUCCCAACCUCUCAGCCAUCUCCUCCAGCCUUCGACUCACACACAACGUGGCUGGUGUGACGUUCCUGGCGCUAGGAAACGGAGCUCCAGAUGUCUUCAGUGCCACUGUGGCCUUCUCCCGUCCACACACCGCUGGCCUGGCUAUAGGAGCACUGUUUGGAGCGGGUAUCUUUGUAACCACGGUGGUCGCCGGGUCUGUGUCAUUGGUCAAACCCUUCACUGUAGCGUCCCGCCCCUUCCUGCGGGAUGUCAUCUUCUACAUGGCUGCAGUCUUCUGGACCUUCAUCAUCCUCUACAGAGGAACUAUAUCACUGGGAGAGACACUAGGGUACCUUGGGCUGUAUGUUGUGUAUGUGGUAACAGUCAUUGUGAGUGCCUACAUCUAUAGUCAUCAGAAACACUCAGCAACUAGAAGUUCCAUCCAGAGCUCAACACACGCACCAGCUGACACACACGUACCAGAGCUCCAGACGUCUGAGUCAGACCAGGCUCCUCUUUUAUCUAAUGGCAGCAUCCAGGAGGGCUAUGGUAACAACCACAGUCACUGUGCACAUUCCACUAAGUUAUACCUCUGGGGUGUGCUACGAGAACCAAUUCAGUCGAGUGUGUGUGUGUGUGCGUGUAUAGACAGUGAGUACCGUCCCCUGCUCCCCUACUGUGAGUCGACCAGUUCCAUCCUGCUGAAUUCUCUAAACCCGGUGGACAGCAGGACCUGGAGGAGGAAGACCUGGCGCUGGAGGACUGUGAAAAUACUGAAGAUGCCACUGGAGUUGCUGCUGCUGCUGACUGUUCCAGUGGUGGAUCCUGACAAAGAAGACAGGAACUGGAGAAGACCAUUAAACUGCCUCCACCUUAUCACUGCGCCGCUGGUUUGUGUGCUCACCUUCAGCUCCGGAGAGUAUGGUUUGUAUCUGAUCGAGGGUCAGUUUCCUGUCUGGGCGUUGACGUUGCUCUUUGGCCUCUUCCUCUCCGCUAUAGUCUUCCUCACCACUUCUAAUGACCAGCCACCGGCAUACCACUUAGUGUUCUCUCUGUUGGGCUUUGUGGUGAGUGCGAUGUGGAUCAGUGCUGCAGCCUCGGAGGUGGUCAGUAUCCUGCACAUGCUCGGUGUGGUCCUUAGUCUUUCCAACAAUUUACUGGGUCUCACACUGCUGGCCUGGGGAAAUAGCAUUGGGGAUUGUUUUUCUGACAUCACCAUCGCUCGCCAGGGCUACCCACGGAUGGCAUUAUCAGCCUGCUUUGGGGGAAUCAUCUUUAACAUGCUGAUUGGAGUGGGCAUUGGCUGUCUGAUACAGAUGUUUAACAACGAGCCAGUGGUGACGUUGGAACCAGAGGGUUUGUUGACCUGGGUUCUAGCAGGUUCUCUGGGUCUCUCUCUGGUCUUCUCCUUCAUCCUAGUUCCUCUGCGUUGUUUCCACCUGGGCCGGGCUUAUGGAAUCUUCCUCCUGCUCUUCUAUGCAGUCUUCCUCCUGGUUGCGCUGCUCACAGAGUUCGGCUUUAUCCACACAUGAAGCCUGUACGAGAUGGUUUGGACCGGUCUGAUAGAGCCACCUGUGAAUACUGACCAGACGGGUUCGAGACCUGAGAGACUUUCCUCUUCCUGGGAGAGAUGGAGUCACAGCCAGUCACACUGUGCCUUAACGGAGUUGGAACCAAUCAGACUGUGAUUUAACUUUUGUCUGUUUACACUGACUAUAUUUUUUAUAUUUAGAUCGCCAUUAGCUGUUACAUAAGGACCAGCUUCUCUUACUGGGGUCCACACAAAACAAUGACACACAUAUACCAAAAUAACAGUAACACACAGUUUUAAAGUAACCCAUGUACUGACAAGGAGUAAAAGAAAAUGAAAAAAAGAUGCAGUAGCACUUUAAGGGAAUUUUCUCCUUUAAAUCAAUGUGAAUGUAGUGUCUUGUAGUGAGAAAAAGUGCUGUCUGGAAUGGUUGAUGUGAGUCAAUUGUAUAAAAUGUGCUCUUUUGUGGGCCUCCCGAGUGACACAGUAGUGCUACCUGUGCCACUAGAGAUUCUGGGUUUGAGUCCAGUUUCUUUCGCAGUCGGCCACAACCCGAGAGACCCAUGGGGCGGUGCACAAUUGGCAGGGAUGUCCUUGUCCCACCGCGCACCAGUGACUCCUGUGGCAGGACGGGCGCAGUGCACACGGAGAAGGUCCCCAGGUGUACAGUGUUUCCUCUGACACAUUGGUGUGGCUGGCUUCCGGGUUAAGUGGGCAUUAUUGUGUCAAGAAACAGUGCAGUUUGGUCGUGUUUCAGAGGACGCACUGUUCUCGACCUUCGCCUCUCCUGAGUCCGUACGGGAGUUACAGCGAUGAGACAAGACUAAACUACCAAUUGGGAAAAUACUUUUUUUUCUCCCUUCUAUAAAAAAAAAUUUAAUGCUAUUUGCAACACAUUAUCGAUCAUUUUGAUUUCCUACUGAAUUUUAAAUAAUAUGGCUUAGAAACACCUACAGUGGGGCAAAAAAAUAUUUAGUCAGCCACCAAUUGUAAAAGUUCUCCCACUUAAAAAGAUGAGAGAGGCCUGUAAUUUUCAUCAUAUGUACACUUCAACUAUGACACAAAAUGAGAAAAAAAAUCCAGAAAAUCACAUUGAAGGAUCUUUUAUCAAUUUAUUUGCAAAUUAUGGUGGAAAAUAAGUAUUUGGUCACCUACAAACAAGCAAGAUUUCUGGCUCUCACAGACCUGUAACUUCUUCUUUAAGAGGUUCCUCUGUCCUCCACUCGUUACCUGUAUUAAUGGCACCUGUUUGAACUUGUUAUCAGUAUAAAAGACACCUGUCCACAACCUCAAACAGUCACACUCCAAACUCCACUAUGGCCAAAACCAAAGAGCUGUCAAAGGACACCAGAAACAAAAUUGUAGACCUGCACCAGGCUGGGAAGACUGAAUCUGCAAUAGGUAAGCAGCUUGGUUUGAAGAAAUCAACUGUGGGAGCAAUUAUUGGGAAAUGGAAGACAUAAGACCACUGAUAAUCUCCCUCGAUCUGGGGCUCCACGCAAGAUCUCACCCCGUGGGGUCAAAAUAAUCACAAGACCGGUGAGCAAAAAUCCCAGAACCACACGGAGGGACCUAGUGAAUGACCUGCAGAGAGCUGGGACCAAAGUAACACACUACGCCGCCAGAGACCCAAUCCUGCAGUGCCAGUCGUGUCCCCCUGCUUAAGCCAGUACAUGUCCAGGCCCGUCUGAAGUUUGCUAGAGAGUAUUUGGAUAAUCCAGAAGAUUGGGAGAAUGUCAUGUGGUCAGAUGAAACCAAAAUAUAACUUUUUGGUAAAAACUCAACCUGUCAUUUUUGGAGGAUAAAGAAUUCUGAGUUGCAUCCAAAGAACACCAUACCUACUGUAAAGCAUGGGGGUGGAAACAUCAUGCUUUGGGGCUGUUUUUCUGCAAAGGGACCAGGACGACUGAUCCGUGUAAAGGAAAGAAUGAAUGGGGCCAUGUAUCGUAAGAUUUGAGUGAAAACCUUCCAUCAGCAAGGGCAUUGAAGAUGAAACGUGGCUGGGUCUUUUAGCAUGACAAUGAUCCCAAACACACCGCCCGGGCAACGAAGGAGUGGCUUCGUAAGAAGCAUUUCAAGGUCCUGGAGUGGCCUAGCCAGUCUCCAGAUCUCAACCCCAUAGAAAAUCUUUGGAGCGAGUUGAAAGUCUGUGUUGCCCAGCAACAUCCCCAAAACAUCACUGAUCUAGAGGAGAUCUGCAUGGAGGAAUGGGCCAAAAUACCAGCAACAGUGUGUGAAAACCUUGUGAAGACUUACAGAAAACGUUUGACCUCUGGCAUUGCCAACAAAGGGUAUAUAACAAAGUAUUGAGAUGAAGUAUUUGGUCAAUAACAAAAGUUUUUUUCCACUAUCAUUUGCAAAUAAAUUCAUUAAAAAAUCCUACAAUGUGAUUUUCUGGAUUUCUUUUCUCAUUUUGUCUGUCAUAUUUGAAGUGUAACUAUGAUGAAAAUUACAGGCCUCUCUCAUCUUUUUAAGUGGGAACACUUGCACAAUUAGUGGCUGACUAAAUACUUUUUUGCCCCACUGUAUAUAGUUCCAACUUCUGAGAAGGGGAAUCAAUCGUGAAACAGCAAGGCAAAGCUAUUUAAAUAAUUUGAAGAUGGCCCUAAACAAGCUACUUUAUGCAGUUGCAUCAAACAAUGUCAUACAUUUUUAUCAAGGAAUUGUAUUAUUUUACUACUACAGAUGUACGAUAGCUAUAGAGGUAGUACAUUAUCGUCCCUGAUAGAUAUUUGCAGGUGAAAUUGUUGCAUAUAAAAAGCACCUUUGGUAAAAGAUUCUCUUGUUGAAGCUGUCUGGGCUGUGUGUGUAUGCGUUAAAGAAGAUGAUAUCAGGGUAAAAAGCACUUAUGCAUAGACUCAUGUCUAGGUUCUGAGAUGAUGAUUAUUGUGUAUUGUACCCAUUUAAGAUAUAAAUAAAAACAUCCAAAACAGA